AUGUCGUACCACUCUGGUCGCAUCUCCCCCAAGCUCCCUGAGGCCUCACAGGAGCUUUCAAAAUCCUCAGCAAACCCUGCUGCUUCACCUCCAAUCCCCCCAAUUUCUGCGGACCCCAAAACCCCGGGCAUUGGUCGCACUGUCCAAAGUCUGCUGAGCAACACCCCGCAGUCUGCAAGGAGUGUUGUUGGCGGGGUUGCUUCGUCAUCACGAAGAUCAAAUCGCAACUCGGCCGGACCUCUCAAAUCAUCGCCCUUACGAAACAUCUCUCUCGCCAUGGCGUCCGCCCCCAGCUCCCCGGAGCGGCCUACCGCCGACGCCGAGGAUCCUUCUCACAGGUCAUCGGAGAAGACGCAAGGCCGGAAGGGCAUGGCCGCAAUGAUGUCGGGGUUGGAAUCAAGACUGUUCCCACGCAGCUUUUCUCGCGGUAGAGAUUCAAGUCGUGGAUCAAGUCGUCGUGGCUCAUCUCUUGAUUCUCGGUCGCCUACGUCGCAUUUCAGUCGAUCUGUUUCCCCAGGUACCCACCAAUUUGAGUCAAAGCCAACGUUAGCCGACACGGAGAAAGGGAAAGCGAUAAUGCAAGAUGCCCAUAACCAGUCGGAUGAAGCUUUGGGUCGGAAGAAAUCCGGCGUUCUUCCAGGAUAUGUCAAACCGACCGAGCACGAGGAGUCGGGUGAGCGUCUUGCCAAAGACGUCUUCGACCGCGACAAGAAUAUCAUUGAGAGCAGUGAAGAUGAUGGUGAUGAUUCAUCCAGUGACGAUGAUCAGAUUGAGGGAGGUCUUCAUUCGCGAGGCCGUAAGAAGAAAGGCUCCGAUAUUACCAGGAUCACCCCCAGCGACUUCAAUAAAGCCAGAGAGGACAAGACCCAAUCCUCGGAAGAAGCAAAAACAAUCAACAAACAUAAUAUUCCCGGGAUGGAUAAGAAGCCCAGAAAAUCCGCCCUCAAGACUGUCAUCCACCCUCGAACCAGCUAUGAUAUUCCGACUCCAUACGCGCAGUCUGCUGCUGGCACCCCGUACGGCUCAGAAGACGAGGCAGAAAAAGAAGAUGUUCAUCGUGCCCAGAAACUCAGCAUUUCCAUGUCUGCCAUCGACAACCGCGUUCCAAACAGAUCGAUUCGAACAAUUGUCCGGGGAAACUAUGCCAGCAUACAAGAAGAAGCCGAUGGCGGCCGCCGGCGUCAACGGAAGUAUCUCGUCGCGACGGACCUGAGUGAGGAAUCAGUAUAUGCUUUGGAAUGGACCAUCGGCACUGUUCUGAGGGAGGGAGAUACCAUGUACGCAAUCUACACCAUACACGAGGACGGGAAUCCAUCCUCUGUGCAGGUUGGAGAAGGGGCGAAGGCUAUUCAAGAUGCGGCGGUGGUUGUGGGCUCACAGACCAGAGAGGCUUCUCAAAACCGCACAAUACUUGGCCGACUGGGCCCUGUAACUGCCAGCAAGUCGAGCUCGGCCGAUUCGCGGGUAUCCUCACUCGCGGAAACAGAGCGCGUACGGGCCGUCGAGGCGGUAUCGCAAACCUGUGUGAAACUUCUCCGCAAGACUCUCCUGCAGGUUCGGAUUGCCGUGGAAGUGAUCCAUUGCAAGAGCCCUAAACUUAUGAUCACCGAGGCUAUCGAUGAACUUGAACCAACUAUGGUGAUCGUUGGUGCCCGUGGCCAAAGUGCCCUGAAAGGAGUUCUUCUUGGUUCAUUCUCCAACUAUCUACUUCAACACUCCUCCGUCCCUGUUAUGGUUGCUCGUCGCAAACUAAAGCGACACAAAAACACAAACGCAAACGUGCAUCUCUCCAACAAUCUCCGAACACCAAAGAGUCUUACGCAGGCAAAAGUGGAUUAA